ACUCGACCCACUGGUCCCACUCCAGCUGGCAUGUUCGAAGCGAGUAGACGUGCUACCACGUGGAUUCAGAUUUUCGAAAAAAUUCCUGCCCACCGGCAACCCACAAUCCCAGCCGUCCCUAGUCAACCAGUGAUACCAGAGUCAAGUCAAGAUACCAGUGAUACCACUCUGGAACCAACGUUCCGAUUCCUUCGUUCCCUUUCGUCAUUUCAUAUUUUCGCAAUACGUGGCUAAAUAGUGCAAAAAUAGUUCUAGUGUUGGUGAGACUAGUGAUAGAGGCAACUUUAGACAGUGUAAUCUAAUCAAAGUUCUUCGUAAGGUAAUGUUGUUUAAAACCAAGAUCUUCAAGGUCUUCCAAAAUCUGCAGUUUCUCUCGCACAUGAUAAUAACUUGACAAACGGAUCUUUAAACUCUUCCGAAUUGUUCAAGUUUGGUAGGACAUCAUCCAGAGUCCAUCAGAGAUCUGGCAGAGCAGUGACGAUGAAAAAUUGACUUCGCUCUUGAUGAACAAGUCAGUAGUGACUGGUUGCAGUUUUUGCUCGGUUUUUCUAUAAAAAUAAAGACCGGUUAGGGGAGAUAUCAGUGGUCCGAGAAGUUUUGUGGUGUUCUGAAGGAAUCGAGUGUUGGGCGCCAAUGAGCGGUGUUAAUAGCGAGCUGACGAGACGAGGUACCGUAAGCACAAGCAGCCUUCUCCUCGAAUAAAGGAUAAUGUGUCGCGUCGGUGCGAGCAGAGUUGAGAGUCGGCCUCUGGAAUUCGAUGGAACGAGACCAUCGCGAUGAUGAGUAAGCAGCGAAAGGAAUUCGAGAAUCGAGAAAAAGCACAGUGAGAAAGUGAGGAUGACGACGACCAUGAUGAUAAUGAUGAUGAUACUAAGCUGCAGGAAGGGUUUUCGAAGAAUCCUUGGAAACUAAGUGAAAAGUGAUGUGUACAUGUGAUUCGUGAGUGUGUGCUGUGCCCUCUUGUGAGGAAUUUCUUCCCUCAUUGGGGAGAAGCAUUUCUGAAAGAGGGACUUCUCCAAGGUACCUCUUCCAGGCACAUCUUCAAGGAACCACUUCAGAAUAGUUGUAAAGGUACUUUCUUCAAGUCACUCCUACAGUGACUUUUUUGGAAAGUCAUUUUUAAGCCUUAAGGUACCUCUUCACAGUUCCUUCAGGCAAACGGAUAUUUGAUCCUGGAGAUUUUUGAAGUUGGGUAUGAGGAGAUUCACACGCAGGCGAAGGACCCUGGCAGCAAUUUCGGCGAUUAUGGGACGCCUCGGAAAGGGCCUGCAGAAUACGACUCGACCCAUCUUCAAAGUGACUUAUCGAAAACUUGACGACGAGUGCAACCAGCAACAAGAGCAGCUCAGAUUCAUGCCAGCCUUACCGGAAUACAUGUCUUACUGCUGCUGCCAGUGUGGGCACACGCAAAAGUUGAAACCGGAGGAGUUGAACGCUAUUGUGGGCAAUGCAUUUCGUAUGGCGUACGUGGCACAACUGCAACGACAACCAAUUCUUCAGGACGUAAUUUCUUCCCGAACGUCGCCUCACUACCGCAAGGAUAAACAAGAUAGUAGGACAACGUGGAAUAAUCAGCAAUCGGGCGAUGGUAGCAUGAGCAAUGGUAACAUCGGCGGGGGAGUGGGAGGCGGUUGUAGAAUUCCAUUGUCAAUUUCGAGGCUGAAGAGUCAAACACCGUUGACGCCCACAUCCCGAAUUGAAAGCGGUUCACCCGCAGCGGAUAUGAACGUUCAAGUCGACAGCGGCGGUUCACCUACGCUGAGACUCGUCAGCGUAAAGCCAAAUUCGAUACCGGAUCUUCGAACACACAACUACCCGAACAUCUUGGAACCGUUCACAAAUGAAAAUGAGCCAAAGAGUACUUCGCAACAAAGUAGUCCCAGUAGUAAUGAGAGCAACUCGCCUACGGAGCUCAACUCCUGUAAACGAUUAACGGACAAGCCGCCGUUAAUAAAAAGGCUGGCGAUGGGUCUCACUGGUGGAAGAGAUUUCAUCGGAUUCACCGGAGUGGAAGAUAGCUGCCCUUUAGUCAAUGACAAUAGUAGGAAUAAAUCCCAUUCAGGGGGCUACGUUAAUGAGGCGAUCAUUGACUCUGAAGGCUCCAAACCACCUUAUAAUAAAUUAGCACCCUCCGAAAGUAUCGACAACUCGAUAAAUGCCUCCAUUACCGAGAAGAAUUUCUGCACUGAAAAUGAAAGAGUAGAACACAAUUCUCCAGGUUCGGGGUCAGAAGCGGAGCUACGAUUAAAAAAAAAUAAGUCACAAUUAUUAAGUCCAACGAGUAGUUCAGGGCCUACAGAUGGAAUUUUACACAGAGUGACUACAACUCCUCCUCCACUUCCGGAAAGAACUGAUAGUCUUAAUAAUCGUAGCGAAGAAAGUGAAUUACGAAAAGCACCCUGGUUUCAAGCCGGAAUCCCUAGGGAAAUAACACUGGAGGUGUUAAACCAAGAACCAGAAGGAGCAUUCAUGGUACGUGAAAGCACAAGUAAACCCGGAUGUUUUGCUCUUUCCCUCAGAGUUCCGCGGGAAUUUCAGCCAAGCGGUAUAGCUCAUUAUCUCAUUUUGCGUACGAACAAAGGCUACAAAAUCAAAGGUUUCAAGAAGGAAUUCUCGUCACUCCCAGCUCUGAUCACACAUCAUUCCGUAAUGCCGGAACUUUUGCCAUGUCCCCUCUCCCUAAGUCGUUACAAUCCAAAUUUAGCGAAUAGUAGCUCGAAUAAAGACUUUGCCGAUAUCGAUCUAGAGCCAGAUUACAAAUCUCUAGCAGAUUUCCGUAAAACAAUGGCGAAUCUCAAUGUUUAAGAACCGCCCCAGAAGAGGACGGAAAAAAACGGCCAUGAAAAAUCCUGAACUUGUUCCAAAGUCACAAAUAGGUGAAAAAAACUAAACUGUUUAGAAAUAAAUUAGGAACUGUUUAGGAAAAAGUGAGGAACUGUUUAGAAAAAAAAGUCUACUACUCAUAACCGAGAAUUUGGAACCAAGUUCAGAAGUUUUUAAUGAAGUCUUUUUUUUUAUCCAUGAGAGUGAAUGUUUCCGAGAAAUAAAAUUGCGUAGAUUAAGCAAUCUCGAAGCAUUUAAACCUACUUAAGUACCUACUGUAAACAGCGCAAUCUUAUAAAAUCGUCAUCGCUUAACGAAGAGCUCUCUAUUAAGCUAAACGAAUGGCACACUAUUCACUUGGUCACUCCAGACAGGGUGGGUCGAAAAUAAAACAAUUUUUAUUUUUACUUCUAGAUUGCUGGCAUUCGUAUUUUCUCUCUUUCCAGGCAAUUCAAUUUGAUAUUGCAAUACAAAACUUAAUUUACGAUUUUUCUUAAGGCAAUUAAUAAUUUCGGGAAAAAUCGAUAAACAUUUUUAUUUUCGACCUACCCCAUACACUACUGCAGCAUAUCAACGUUCAUCAAUCUUGAAGAGCGAAACAAUUGUUUUACUGAUUCUGCAAAGUCGUUUUGCUUAUUUAUUUGAAUUAGAAAAGUUUCAUUUCUGGGACUUUGCUGAAUGAAGAGAACAAUUCAAUUUCGCUAUUACAUUCGAAAAACGAAGAGUGCGAGUGGAAAAAUAGUUAUUAUUCCAAAGUUAUUUAGAUUUACGAUAGAUGAAAUUUAUUAUUGAGAAUUUAUUAGAAAUGUAUUAUUUGAAUUAAUUCCACUUGUACUCUUCUAUUUUUCAAAAUCUAAUCCAAAAGUGGCUCUUGGGUAUAACAGAAUAACUAUCCAAAUUUCUAGAGCUUUACGAGACUCUUUGUACUAAAUUUAAUAUAAAGAUAUGAAAGAGCAAACGAGUGCAAUAUAAAAGAUUUUUUUUUUACGAAGCGAUAAAGUUUGUAUCUGAGAACUAAAAUCUUAGUCUAGUCUUUGAAUCGUGACACAGAAGCACGAGAUUGAAUCAAAAUUGUAGUGCAAUCAUUUAGUGGAGCGAUUAGUAUACUACGAAAGUCAAAGAAUUUAUAAAAGUCAAAUAAUUUACGAAAAUCGGAUAAUUUAUGGAAAUCGAGACACCCGAGUUUUUCUGCUAUCCUUGGGAACCACCUGAGACUUUUUGUGUAUUGGGUUCAGAUAAGCGCUAAAAUCAAACUUGUAAUUCUACGAGCCAGAGAACCUGCCAAGUUUUUGAUAUUGUGAUUAGGGUGUGCCCCUCCUCCAAUUUCAAGAGAUUGUUUAACAUAAAAAUUCUUACAAAUUUUUUAGCUCAAUUGGAUAAUAUUUCAGGGUCCCUAUUUAUCAUUGAAUUUCCCAUGUCUCAUAAAAAAUGCAAUAUUUUACAAAUUACUCUGAGUUUUACCUGAAUAAUUCCAUUGAAUUUAGUAAAAUCCCAGUGAAUUUACUUUUACUUCACUCGAAAUAUAUUGAAUUUAUUAUUAAAAUUAAGUUUGUUACUCAUUAUCAGUUGUGUUUAGUAGAAAUCACUGAUUUAUUUAAAUCUAGAAACUCGUAAAUAUUAUUCAAUCAGGCCAAAAUUCUAAUCUUGAUGAGAUUUUGAUUAUUUUCCGACUCUGUCAGGAAAAUUGGCUGAAGCCAAAGAGAAGCAGAUUCAUCUCCUGCGUCUGUUAUUUGUAAUUCUAUGAUCAAAGCAGCAAAGAGAAUCUGUUUUUUUCCAUCAGAGAAUUAUCUCUACGACCGGAUCCGACAUACGAUAAGCGUUCAUUCAUGUUCUGCUGACUUUAAAUUCUAGUGAUGAUGUAAUCUUUACACCUCUGCUCUGUAUUUAAAACCCAGCCCACUGUGAAGUCAAAAUGUUGAAGAGAAAUAUAAUUUGAAGCUUAAAAAAAAUUUCAAUUGUUAAUUUUGGAGGGAUUGUAUGUCGGAUGAGUGUUUUACAAUCUUGGAGGAAAAAUUGGAAGAAAGCCCAGACAACACAAGCUUAGCCUUACGAUUGUAUAUAAUUUGCUUAUGAAAUUGUAACCGAAGCUACUUUCCAUGCUAUUGCAAGUAGGAUUGCAAAGAGGUUUCCUUUUGAAAUAAACGUGCGCUAUUUAUUCUGAUCUUUUAUACUGCAUUGUCUGGGAUAAAAGAAUGAAAGAAAGAAAGGAGAGACAGUGACCUACUGCCAAAAAUUUUGGUCAUGGUUACUGUCUUUAAAUAUUGUAAAGUUACAUUUUAGUAAUAAUUAUUGUUUGUUAAAUAUUUAUUGGGAAAUAAAGAAUUUCGUGAUAUAA